GACGAAGAGGGGGAAGAGGAAGACUGUUCUUCGAAGGAGAAGGAGUAUCGAGAGAAGGAAUUCUGCGGAAUCUGUUUUGGAAGAUCGCAAGGAUUAUACGCAUCGGAGGGCAUAUUCAAUCGUUUGAUUAUUGAGGCGCGAGGAAUUCGAGAAUUGGUUGGUUGGUUCGCCCGGAAAAUGAACGGCGGCCCAUCUGGUUUCAAUAAUGCUCCGGUGACGAGGACGAUUGUAAUAGCCAGUGCACUUUUCACAAUCAUAUUUGGGAUCCAAGGUCGCUCCAGAAAUCUAGCCUGGUCGUAUCAGGACAUUUUCAAGAAGCUCCAAAUAUGGAAGCUCAUAGUUUCGCUUUUUGGCUUUUCAUCAACCCCCGAACUAAUUUUUGGAGUUUAUCUGCUGUACUACUUCCGUGUGUUUGAGAGGCAGAUAGGUUCUAAUAAAUACACGGUCUUUAUUUUGUUUUCUAUUAUAGCCUCUGUACUGCUUGAAGUUAUGGCACUCAUGCUACUAAAAGAUCCCUCCUUGAAGAUCCUCACUUCAGGACCCUACGGUCUUAUAUUUUCUUCAUUUGUACCCUUCUUUUUCGACAUUCCUGUUUCAACACGGUUUCGUACAUUUGGCCUGAACUUCUCCGACAAGACUUUUAUUUAUUUAGCUGGACUUCAGUUAUUUCUGUCAUCAUGGAAAAGAUCCAUGCUGCCAGGGAUUUGCGGCAUUCUAGCAGGCUCUUUAUAUCGCUUGAAUAUUUUCCGCAUACGGAGGAUGAAGUUCCCGGAUUUUAUUGCUUCGUUCUUCUCAAGGCUUUCUUGGCCAACCACGGGGAGUACUACGCCUCCCCCUAGACCAUCUAGGAACAUUGUGGGGAAUGCACCAUCAUAUGGUGGCCGUCCAGUGGAGGGACAUUAUCAAGCUCCGUAUUCAUCGACAGGGGAACCGCCGGAGGAGUCAAUUGCUACUCUGGUCUCAAUGGGGUUCGAUAGAAAUGCAGCUAGGCAAGCGCUUAUACGCGCCAGGAACGACAUGAACGCCGCCACCAACUUCCUACUUGAGUCGCAGGGGCAUUGAGCAAAAAGUGAAUCCGAGAUCGAGUGUUUUAUUGCAGUAAAAAUUAUUACUGGAGGUUAAUUCUGAAUAUUAUAGGGAAGAGUAGAAAAGAGAAGGCUGUAAAACCUGAAGAAGGAGAAGAAGAAGAAGAAGAAGAAGCCAUUUGUACAGUUGCUUCUUAAGCACUGUAACUUUUUUCUUGAAAUAUUGUGAGAGACUUUUUAGCACUUUUUUUUAAAAAUGUUUAUGAUAGAAUAUGCCUUUUUUUU